AUGCAUCAUUCUAAUAAAUCACUAGCAGCUGAUAAAGGCCAUUUUGUUGUCUAUACAAUGGAUAUAAAGCGUUUUGUGAUUCCCUUAGCAUAUCUCAGCAACAGCAUUUUCCAGGAACUCUUCAUGAUGUCUGAGGAGGAGUUUGGUCUGUCAAGCGAUGGGCCUAUAACAUUACCAUGUGGUUCAGUCAUAAUGAGUUACAUAGUCUUGUUGGUACAACGAGGAUUAGCUAAGGAUUUGGAGAAAGCAGUGCUCAAUUCCAUUUCUGGCCAUCGCUGCUCAUCAUACAGUUCAUUUUUCCAUAAAGGACAUGCAGACCAACAGUCACUUGUUUGUGGAUUCUGA